CUGGGAGCCAGUGAGGGCAGGAGAAGCAGUCACCCCCCUGUCCCCAUGUGGUCUUCAUCCUCUCAGGACAUUCUAGACUUAUGGGCUGCAGGGGUGUGUGCGGCUGCUGCGGUGCCCUCCGUCCCAGGUACAAGAGGCUGGUGGACAAUAUCUUCCCUGAAGAUCCUGAGGAUGGUUUGGUGAAAACCAACAUGGAGAAGCUGACCUUCUAUGCCCUCUCGGCUCCAGAAAAGCUGGAUCGCAUUGGUGCCUACCUCUCAGAGAGGCUCAUCCGAGACGUGGGGCGCCAUCGCUAUGGGUACGUGUGUAUCGCCAUGGAGGCGCUGGACCAGCUGCUCAUGGCCUGCCACUGCCAGAGCAUCAACCUCUUCGUGGAAAGCUUCCUUAAAAUGGUGGCCAAGCUGCUGGAGUCGGAGAAACCCAACCUGCAAAUCCUGGGCACCAACUCGUUUGUGAAGUUUGCCAACAUUGAAGAGGAUACCCCAUCGUAUCACCGGAGCUAUGACUUCUUUGUGUCCCGAUUCAGUGAAAUGUGCCACUCAAGCCAUGAUGACUUGGAAAUCAAGACUAAAAUACGAAUGUCGGGCAUCAAAGGCCUGCAAGGGGUCGUGAGGAAGACAGUGAAUGAUGAGCUGCAGGCCAACAUCUGGGACCCACAGCACAUGGACAAGAUCGUCCCGUCGCUGCUCUUCAAUCUGCAGCACGUGGAAGAGGCAGAGAGCCGGUCUCCCUCGCCCCUCCAAGCACCAGAGAAGGAAAAGGAGAACCCUGCAGAGCUGGCUGAGAGGUGCCUGCGGGAGCUGCUGGGCCGGGCAGCCUUCGGCAAUAUCAAAAACGCCAUCAAGCCUGUUCUCAUCCACCUAGACAACCAUUCUCUUUGGGAACCCAAGGUGUUCGCCACCCGUUGCUUCAAAAUCGUCAUGUACUCGAUUCAGCCGCAGCACUCCCACCUGGUUAUCCAGCAGCUCCUGAACCACCUGGACGCCAACAGCCGCAGCGCGGCGACUGUGCGCGCAGGCAUCGUGGAGGUCCUAUCGGAAGCUGCGGUUAUCGCCGCCACCGGCUCUGUCGGGCCCACGGUGCUGGAGAUGUUCAACACUUUGCUGCGGCAGCUGCGGCUCAGCAUCGACUACGCGCUAACCGGGAGCUACGACGGCGCUGUGAGCCUGGGUACCAAGAUCAUCAAGGAGCAUGAGGAGCGCAUGUUCCAGGAGGCGGUCAUCAAGACCAUCGGCUCUUUUGCCAGCACGCUGCCCACCUAUCAGCGCUCGGAGGUGAUCCUCUUUAUCAUGAGCAAAGUCCCAAUACCGUCCCUGCACCACCCGGUGGAGACUGGAAGGACAGGGGAGAAUAGGAACCGGCUGACCCAGAUCAUGCUGCUGAAAUCUCUCCUUCAGGUAUCCACGGGAUUCCAGUGCAACAACAUGAUGUCAGCCCUGCCCAGCAACUUCCUUGACCGCCUUCUCUCCACUGCCCUCAUGGAAGAUGCAGAAAUCCGCCUCUUUGUCCUAGAGAUUCUCAUCAGUUUCAUUGAUCGCCAUGGCAACCGCCACAAAUUCUCUACCAUCAGCACCCUCGGUGACAUCUCGGUCCUGAAGUUGAAAGUAGACAAAUGUUCCCGUCAGGACACUGUCUUCAUGAAGAAGCACUCCCAGCAGCUAUACAGGCACAUCUACCUGAGCUGUAAGGAGGAGACCAACAUCCAGAAACACUACGAGGCACUCUACGGCCUGCUGGCACUCAUCAGCAUUGAGCUGGCCAAUGAGGAGGUGAUGGUGGACCUCAUCCGCCUCGUGCUGGCCGUUCAGGACGUGGCCCAGGUCAAUGAAGAGAAUCUGCCUACCUAUAACCGCUGUGCGCUCUAUGCUCUGGGUGCAGCCUACCUGAACCUCAUCAGCCAGCUUACAACGGUGCCUGCCUUCUGCCAGCACAUCCACGAGGUCAUCGAGACUAGGAAGAAAGAAGCGCCAUACAUGCUUCCCGAAGACGUGUUUGUGGAAAGGCCUAGGCUGUCUCAAAAUCUAGACGGUGUGGUGAUCGAGUUUCUCUUCCGUCAGAGUAAAAUCAGUGAAGUCCUGGGAGGAAGCGGUUACAAUUCCGACAGGCUCUGCCUGCCCUACAUCCCUCAGUUGACAGAUGAAGAUCGCUUGUCCAAGAGGAAGAGCAUUGGAGAGACCAUUUCCCUUCAGGUAGAGGUGGAAUCGAGGAACAGCCCAGAGAAAGAGGAACGAGUGCCUGCAGAGGAGAUCACCUAUGAGACACUAAAGAAGGCCAUUGUGGACAGUGUGGCGGUUGAAGAACAGGAGCGUGAGCGGCGGCGACAAGUGGUAGAGAAAUUCCAGAAGGCGCCCUUCGAGGAGAUUGCAGCCCACUGUGGGGCCCGGGCAUCGCUGCUGCAGAGCAAGCUCAACCAGAUCUUUGAAAUCACCAUCCGGCCCCCUCCAAGCCCUUCGGGGACCAUCACUGCAGCCUAUGGCCAGCCACAGAACCAUUCCAUCCCCGUCUAUGAGAUGAAGUUUCCCGAUCUGUGUGUGUACUGAACUCCGAGAGACAGAACUCCAUAGAGGACACUGUGGGAGGACCUCCCUCCUGCCCACUCUCACCAUCUGGAAAUCUAGCUGGGAGAGCCGAGAAACAGUCACCUUGGACAGUGGCUCUUCCCAAGUUGAGCAAAGAUGGAGCCUCCGGUCCUCUGUGGCCCUCCUGCCUCCUCCUGGUCUUCCAUGAGGACUAUCCAGCCACCUGCCCCCUGGGGCUAGUGGGCAUCUCACCUGUCUUCCCUUUUGUAUCAGCCAGGGACAGAGAACCAUGAGGGUGUCUCCACUGAGAAGCAGAGGGACCUGGGAAAGCUUCCAUUGGGAAUGUGUCUAUGAGGGAGUGUCAGCCACCCCCAAGGGAAGGAGCCUGAUGAAGAUGUGCUACCCAUAGAUGGUACUGGGGGAAGCUGAGGGAAGCCCCCCCUGCCCCCUCAUGAAGAAGUGGCAGUGUGAGAGAUGUCUGCUCUCACCUCUUAGUCUCGGGUGUCUUGUCCACCAGCCUCUUUAAUCUCCAGUUAUCUGUGUCUCUUUUCUACUAUUAAUGAACACUGAGCACUUAGAGCAGGAGCUGGGUAGACAUGCUGGCAGAAGAGUAACAGGCUGGGGACGGAGGGGGACUGCCUCUCCUAGGCUGGGUGGCAGCAUCGGCCAGGCACAGUGUGACCAGUCUGUGUCUCUGCUGUCUUGUGUCUUCUCAGCUCCUCUGUCCAGAGGAAGCCUGUGGCGGAUCCUCUCCGGUUCUCUGUCUUCUGGAUGUUUCCCGGGUUAAGUUUGGUCCCUGACGUCAUUCUUCCCAAUAUCCCAACAGUGUUCCCACACCCUCCGGGUUGAGAGAAAGCUGAGCAAGCUAGCUGGUUCUAGAGGACUGCAAAUCGGGGGAAAAGAUGCGGGGCCCUGAGGCCGGUCCACAUGGCUUCCUGGAAGAUGCUCCCAGCAGAACUCUGUGUGUGUUUGUUUGUUGGGAGGUUGGGAGGGUUGGGGCAGAGCAGGGAGUAAUUGAGCAAGUAUCACUUUGGGGUUCAAGGAAAGAGAUUUAACAGCUAGGACUGGAAUGAUAUUUUCCCCUCUCUGGGCAAAGUCUGAGACUCUGGGGACAAUUGGCCUUGCUGUGGCCUGGGUAGAGGUGGUGGAAAUUCCUUCAGUUUUCCCUCUGUGCCACCUACCUGUGCCUGUGUGACUCAUGUGUGCUGGGAACAGCUAACCCAGGACUGCAAAAAGGACCACUGGACCCUUUCCCGAUGCCCCUCCGGGUGCCUUCGUGCCUCCCAGGAUGCCUCUGGCAGCACCCCAGACCUCUUCCAGUGGGAGCACCCUGUGGUCCAAGAUAGUCCAUCCUUCCCCUUUUAAACUUCCCAUAAGUUUCCUGAGCUGUUUUCCUCUCAAACUGCCUCUAGAGAUUUUGCUUCUUAGGAAAAGGGAGUAGAUCUGUCGACCUGCAGGAGUCCUUUCUAGGGUGUAAUUUUAGGCAGUGUGACGUGGGGUCAUAAAGGAGCCAUUUCUGCUAAGAAGGGUGUGGGCUUCUCGGGACACUCUAGAUCACAGCCCUGCAUAUGACCCCGCAUGAGGACAGCCUGCCCACAAGGACAGGUGGGAACAUGUUCCAGAAUUCGGAGAACUGGAACACUUGUACAUCCCCAUUGCACACGUGCUAAAUGUCACAGAUGGGGCCCGUCUGACCCUGUCCCCAUAGUUUCUUCACUUCUAAUGCAACUCUUUCCCGUGGUCCCCACACUGAGCUAUGGGCUCAUGGCUCCUGCAUGGCCUGCAUGAUCUCAGGUCCCUGAGGACGAGGCCGCCCGUGACUUUGGAGCUAUGUGGCUGUUGCUCAAUCCAGCUUUACAAGCAUGGACUUAGGUUUUUCCUUAAUAUCUCUUUAGUAAGAAGUCAGGUUUUAAAUAAGCAUGAAGGCAAGUAACCCUUUAGAAACUAAGAAAAUCUAAGGUUUGAGCUAAAAACACCUUCCUUCACCUGCCUGCCACAUCCUUUAUACCAGGCCUGGCUUGGAUAAGAGUUAGUCAGUUUCUUUCUUUUUCCCUGAGUGACAUCAGUGUCCACUCCUGAGGUAUCUUGCCCCUGACUGUGGGUUGUGAGAGCCACUUCCUUGGAGACUCCCUAGAGCACGAGAGGCCUACACAGGCCCCACUCAGAUACUUCUGCCCCUCAGCCCUGCCCGGCAACAGAAGAAGGGACCGAGUUCCAAUUCUGCGGACUCAUCUGCUCCUCCUCAGUCCCUCUCUCUGUACGUCCUCUUUUUCUCCACACCCAAGCUGCUUAGCAGGGACAUGCUGCUUCUAGAGAGCUGGCCAUUUGUGUGCCCUCUUCUGGGUAGAUUUAAGUUUAUAUUCAGUAAGAUGUUGGGUUGUCUGUUGACAGGGAACCGAAUCCGAUCCUAGCCGAGAAUGCCUCGGGGUCAGGAAGUCUAGAUGGUGAUCACAGGGGUCUGUUACUCCAUCACAAGGCUGGGGAAGAGAGGCAAAAGCAGAGUGGGUGGGAGCUGGGGAGGAACCCAGUGUGACUCGCCUUCCCAGCCUCUGGUGUCUGAUAGUCCUGUCUCAUGCCCUGUUCUGUGUGCCUUCUGUGUUGUAAGCCAGAGCCAAAAGGAGCCAGCAAACUCUUUAAGGCCACCUGGUCCCCAGCCCACCACCAAAACACCUAGGGCUCUGGCUUCAUAGGCCAGGGCCAGAGGGUGGCCUCUCAUGACAGACUGCUAGACAUGACUGUGUUUGAGGUUCAGAAGUUAAUUUGGUUAAUCAUAAGCAAGUGUAAGAAGUGGAUUAACAGAAAAUACCUGUGAUCCAGAAGCAGCGGCUGUUUGCCCUGCACCGAACCUGUUUCCUUUUUACUUGGAAGACUAGAAAUAAAUGGUUUCAUGACUCCUUAA